GGUUGGGCAAUUGUUGACCAAAUUCAUAUGUACCUCCAAACAGCUUUCAUCAAAAGUCACUGAAAAAACACUAAAGGCGAUCGACAAAUUGAAAUUAAAUUAAAGCUGCUCUGCAUAUGCGAGUUAGGUAAGUUAGUUUGGAUAGCGAGUUCCAACUUUUAAAGUUUGAAUCUCCUCCCACAAAUUAGAUUAAUUUAGAUUACUUCAACUAAGAAAUUUGUAGAUAGAGUUCACUCAUUUUAAGAACUACAUGUCUUAUACAUAUAGGUGAGUUUAUAAAAAAUUAGCGAGCGAAAAAAGAAGUGUGGGAAGUUGCAUUAUUUCAUCUCUCUAAGUAAAAAUGCAACAAGACUUGCUCUUUUUCUGAGACACAAAUACUGCCCAGCACGGUAGAAAGGACCAUCUUUUGGGUUCGGACAUUUGCCAAAAGGAAAAACAGAGUGUUUUCCGACAAGCACACGGUACACGUGCUUAGCAUGCAUAGGAAAACAUUAGGUGCACGAUGCGAAAGGACAAAAGUCUAGAAGGGAAGAACAAAUAAAAAUAAGGAACGUUUCGUCGCCCCCACCAGAUAACAAAGAAAAGUUUGAGAAAUCCAUAAGGAACAUGGCGAUGAAGGGUGUCAUUGCAUCUGCCGUUCGAACUCUUGCUUCAUCAGGGAGCUCAGCAUCAUCAACCACCUUCACCAGGCACCUCCAUGCAUCUGCUGGAAGCAAAAAGAUUGUUGGGGUGUUUUACAAGGCCAAUGAAUAUGCAGAACUGAACCCCAAUUUUCUGGGUUGUGAGGAGAGAGCGCUGGGCAUAAAGGACUGGCUGGAAUCACAAGGCCACAAGUAUAUUGUCACUGAUGACAAGGACGGACCAGAUUGUGAACUUGACAAACACAUUCAAGAUCUCCAUGUUCUCAUAUCAACCCCCUUCCAUCCUGCCUAUGUCACUGCUGAAAGGAUCAAAAAGGCCAAGAAUUUGCAAUUGCUUCUCACGGCCGGAGUUGGUUCUGAUCAUAUUGAUCUGAAGGCUGCUGCUGCUGCUGGAUUAACAGUUGCAGAGGUCACAGGAAGCAAUGUGGUUUCGGUUGCAGAAGACGAGCUCAUGAGAAUCCUCAUUCUUGUGCGGAACUUCGUGCCCGGGUACACUCAGAUUGUUAAUGGGGAGUGGAAAGUUGCAGGUAUUGCCCACAGAGCUUAUGAUCUGGAAGGAAAGACAGUGGGGACUGUUGGUGCUGGACGUAUUGGCAAGCUUUUGCUCCAAAGGUUGAAACCUUUCAACUGUCAUCUCCUCUAUCAUGACCGGUUCAAGAUUGACCCAGAAUUGGAGCAACAGAUAGGGGCUAAGUUUGAGGAGGAUCUGGAUGCCAUGCUUCCAAAAUGUGAUGUUAUUGUUAUCAACACACCCCUUACUGAGAAAACAAGAGGACUGUUUGACAAAGAAAGAAUUGCAAAGUGUAAGAAGGGAGUCCUGAUCGUUAACAAUGCUCGAGGGGCAAUCAUGGACACACAGGCAGUUGUUGACGCUUCCUCCAGUGGACAUAUUGCAGGUUACAGCGGCGAUGUUUGGAAUCCACAACCAGCUCCGAAAGACCAUCCAUGGCGUUACAUGCCAAACCAUGCUAUGACCCCUCAUAUAUCUGGUACCACAAUUGAUGCACAGUUACGUUAUGCUGCCGGUGUUAAGGACAUGCUUGACAGGUACUUCAAGGGAGAAGACUUUCCUGCACAAAACUACAUUGUCAAGGACGGUAAAAUAGCAAGCCAGUAUCAGUAAUAAAUUCGGUGCUUGUGAUAAAGUCUGCUAGUUCGUGUUCUCUUGCAGACACUAACUAUGUGAGCUCCUCCUAAAUAAUGUAGCCGAAACUGAGAGCUUUUUAUAGGGUCUGUGCACCCAAUGUUUUUCUUUUUUCCUUUUUCUGUUGUAGUUUCCUCCUUGUGAGUGUACGCUGCCUGGAUGGACAGUUUCCCUUUCAAUAAUAAGAACUUGUUAGCUAUUGGUACUUA